AUGUCGAUAACGAAUCGUGGCAGUGUUUUUGGUCGACGGUGGAGCCUUGGGAGUGUUGCCGAGUCCAUCUUUCCAAGUGAUCGUCGAAACUCCGCCAAUUCCACUGCUUCCCUUGAUGCGAGAAACAGGUUUGAGAAAGGGUUCACCAUGGUCGAGGAGGAGGAGCUGGGAAUAGCUUUCUGUACUCGCGCAAAGAUGCGACGGAAAGAGGAGCGAAAUAAAGAGAUAUUCACGCUGAUGCAGUGGAUCUGCUCAAAGCUUUCGCCGUCAUCUCCACAAAGAAGCACAACGUGGCAUGUCUUUGUGAGCCGGCAGCUGUCCACCCAUCUCAGAAGCUCUGCUAUGGUCAGCUUCGUGCUCAUCACCUGCAUCUUCGCACUGGAGCCAAUCUGCGUUAGUAGUGAUCAAGGCCCCCUCUUCACUCGCGUGUCGACAGCAGCCUCCGCAUUGGAUGUUGUGGCAACGCUGCACUUCGUGAACUCUUUGUUGUAUCUGUUUGGGUCGAUGGCCUUCCAUGCUCACUUCUGCUGGUGGGACGAGUCGGCUCUAGGUGUUUUCGACAUCACUCCACAGUUCUCUUCCAGGAGAAGUGCCGACUUGAUGCUUUUCGUGUGCUUUCGGCUCAGUCGAAGAAGGCUCGAUCUUCGUAGCUUCCUUCGCGUGCGGCAGAGCGCCUUUCGUGCUCUGGAGCACAUGGCCGCGCUCCACGAGAGCUCGGCCCCAGAGGAAGAUGAAUCAAGAUAUCACGAACAAGUGACACACGUUUUCCAGGCCCUGUGCACCUACCUGAUUCAGGAGGUCUCCCUGGGCCGGACAGUGCACGUGCCCAACUUAGGUGUUUUCUUCAGCCACUCAGGACCUCCAAGGUCAAUGCGCUUCAAGGUCUUAGAGAAGGUCCUUCCCGCAGAUUUGCGCUGGGAGGGACCCGGCCCAAGCAUAGGACCUAUCUCGAAGGUCCGGCUUGAGAAGAUUGCAGGGACGAGUGGGCUGCAGAAGGAUGUGGCGGAAGAGAUGGUGCAGUCGGUAGUCAAGGAGUUUUGGACGGCCGUGAAGGAGUCGCCAGAAGUGCAGCUGGAUCUUCCGGGCAUUGGCCAGAUCAAGGUAAAGAGCCAGAUCAUCACCUUCGAACCCUUUGACGCGGACAGCCGCAUCUCCAGCAGCCAUGUCACGGCAGAGCACCACAUGUUCGGCACCACAGGGGCAGAGCUUCUGAAGAGAAUGACGCAGACAAGCAGAUCUCAGACCUCGUUAUUUAGACAAGAGAGAGAAAGGCUGCAGACGACCGCGAGUGACACCCUGCUGAGCCCGGAGUCCGUACCGUCCGUGCCACACGACACGGAAGUGAGAACGGGGAUGCGGAAGUCAAGCUCUACUCCUGUGUUGAAACCUCUUCACCAGGAGGCCAGCGUGGGUGAGGUGCCCUUCCCCAAGAAGGGCAGAAAAGACCGGACGAAGCUGGCCUCCUUGAAAGAGGAUGCCGAAGCUCUAAGCCGUCGUUUCACCCGCCAGCUCCCUGUCUCGGAGCGGCUGUUUCCACCUUUGCUCGAUCGCUGCAGCCGGACCAGGUCCGCCUUGUUCCGAGAAGCUGUAGAACGAGACCAUAUCAGUAAUGUCAUUGCCUCCAACUACUCGCCGCAGGCCCAGGUCCUAAGCAUCGACCACGAGGCCCACGUCAACUUAGAGAGCACAAUGAUCAGAAGAAAACCUCCCAUGAAGAAGAAGGACGGAAAUGACAACGGGGCAGUGGAUGUUCGAAAUGUGGACUGGACUUCGGAAUGGCCUCGCAUCGUAGAGGAUUCCCCCAUUGUUGCAGAAUUGGAUUCCGUGGCGCUGUCGAAGACGGAGUUCUGUCGAAUACUAAGCAGGUACAAGCACUACACAGAAGGUGGGGUGCCUUCUGAGGUUCUAGCGCCUUACCAUCGCCAGUGGCUUGAGCAUGCUGUGCUCCUCCUUGAGCUACAAAACCCUGCUCGAUGGCCGUCCUUAUCAGAGGAUGAGCAGGGGCAGCUCAUAGAAGAGCUUCGACAUGAGAUCCUGAAAGGCUACAUCCGAGCCGCCAAAACCUCGGUGGUAAAUUAUGCAUUGCUGGAUGACCGGUGCCGUCGGCGACUCGACAUACCUUUCGUUCCGGUUUUGCCGCCGGAAUGGGGUCGCCUGACUUACACGGUUCCCGACAUCGGAACACCUGGUGGGCCGCCGGAACACUGGCGUGCAGGCUUGCAGGCUGCACGGACCUCCUUGGCAAUGCGCCAUGUGCAAAACUCGACCACGGCCCUUCGAUUGGUUGACUUCUGGCUGGAAAACUGCCAGGAGGUGCAGCUUCUGAACUACCCGAGAGCCCACGCGGAGACGUGUGACAUCAACACUUUCUUUGCUUCUCAAAGCUCGGUGCGGGAGACGGGUCUGCAAAGCUUGUCAACUGCUUGGCAACAGGUCAUCCACAUUGUGUCUGAAGAGCCAGUGUACCUCCAGGUUGCCCCUGAUGCUGAGACGUCUGCCGAAGCCGUCACACCGAAGAGCAAGUUGUUGGAAUUGAUCCCCACGGCACAUCCGGAGAAGAUGGAGUCCCACUUCUACGAGGCUGUGGCAGCCCUCCUCUCACAGCUUGCGCGAGAUGUGGUUGAAGCAAGUCUGCAAGAGUACGUAGUGCUCUUCCAGCGCUUUGCCGGUGAGCCGCUGCAUUACCCCCAAGUCAAAGCUUUGACCAGUGGGGAUAAGUGGCAGGAGGUGAUGUUGGUCAACAAGCUCACAGUAGGACCGCAGGGCACGGACAUCCGCUUCAAGCAUGACUUAGAGUUUGUCAAGGCACGGCUACUGCAGCCCUAUCGGGACUGCACCACCUGCCUCAGAGAAUUCCCUCGACCGGAUGCGAAGUUGAAGGAGACUGUGAACCGUCCACUCCUUUGGCAAGUUCGAGAGGAAGAGGAGCACAUCAAACGUGGAUUUGAUCGUGUGGAGCAGAUUGUCAAUAUGAACCUCUACAACAUGGAGAAGGCCCUUGAACUCUACGAGCCUUUCACAUUCCUCCUCACUGAAGAGGAGAAACUGCCGGCCUUCUUCGAUGACCAAUCGAACACACGGGAAAAGUUCGCUGCAUACUUGCAGCACCUUCGUGACACCGUCUCAAGGCUCCGGGAGCAAUGCCCAAACUUGCUGCAAGUGCAGAUGAUGCGUGUCGAUGCGGCAGAAGUGAACCAGAAGCUUGAGCAAUGCGCCGACGACUGCAUAGCCAAGAUCUUGCGGUUCCUUGCCAUCCGCAACCAGGACCGCAGCGCACGCCUGGUGAAGCAGUUUGAGCAUCUGAAUCAGCGGAUUAUGCGCCAACCGGAGAACGAGGAACAGUUGGUAGAGCUGGAGAAUGCCGUCGAGGAAGCAAAAGGCAAGAUCCUCCCAAGUCUCCUCGACGAGUACGAGGACAUCAAGGCCUGGCUUUUCCUGACCUGGGACGAGGAGUACCUGCUCACGGAAGAGGACUACAAGGCCAUUUGGGAAGCAUCGGAAUGGAAGAGCUACGGGACAAACAUCGCCGAUCGUGAGAGGGACUUGGAGAUGGACCGGAUGACCAUCGAAGGCAAGCUCACGGUGAGAAGGACCGAGCUGCAAGAGGAGCUCAAUGCCAUUCUAAGCAGCAUCCAGAAGUUCAAAGACAAGGGGCAGAUUCGAUACCUCGACGAGUACCUGGACGACCUGCAGAGCAUCAAGAAGAACCUUGCCAGUCUCCAGGCCCGAUGUGAGAGGGUGAAUUAUGAGGAGGAGUUGGUGGGUUGGGAGGCCGCAGAAUUCGAUGUUUUCGAUGAGGCACAGAGCGCUCUGGAGCCUUACGACAAAUUAUGGAACCUGGUUCACGACCACCACAAGGCAAACUCCAAGUGGACACGCAGCCCUCUGUUUUCAGGCGAGAUCAAGCCAGAGGAGGUUGAGUCUGAAGUCAACAACAUGUGGCGCUUGUCCUUCAAGCUGAAGGCGCAGUUUGAGCAGGAGCAGAUCACCAAGCCCGCGAAGGUGGCAGAGAAGGUGAAGAAUGAUUUAGACGCUUUCAAGGAGAAUGUGCCGUUGCUGCACGCUCUUUGCAACCCCGGCCUUCGUGAUCGGCAUUGGGCGGAGAUCUCAAACGUGAUCGGCUUCCAGAUGGAACCGGAUCCAAGUCUCACUUUGAACAAGGCACUGGAUCGCGACCUCGGUGCCUACAUUCAAAAGAUUUCGGAGAUAUCGGACAGCGCAGCCAAGGAGUACCAGAUCGAAAGUGGCUUGGAGGCCAUGAUCAAAGAGUGGGAACCAGUUGUCAUGGAGUUCAAGGACUGGGGUACGACUGGGACCUACAUUGUGUCUGGUUCAUCCAUCGAUGAAGUUCAGACACUGUUGGAUGAUCACGUCAUCAAGACCCAGACCAUGAAGGGCUCCCCAUUCGCAGCCGAGUUCAAAGAGAGAUUGGAGGAUUGGGAGGCGUACCUGACAGGGGUCCAAGAUGUCGUGGAUGUUUGGCUUAAGGUGCAGGGGGUGUGGCUGUACCUGGAGCCAAUCUUCUCUUCUGAUGACAUCAUGCAGCAGAUGCCCACAGAGGGCCGCCUCUUCCGUGAGGUGGAUGGCACCUGGAGGGACAUUAUGGCCAAAAGCGUGGCCAACCCCCAGGGUCUCGUGGUCUUCAAGCAGAGCAAAUUCCUAGAGAACCUUCAGGCCGCAAACGACAAGCUCGAGACCGUUCAGAAGGGCUUGAAUGACUACUUGGAGACAAAGCGACUCUUUUUCCCGCGCUUCUUCUUUCUCUCGAACGACAAUCUUCUAGAGAUCCUCAGUGAGACGAAAGACCCCAAGCGUGUGAACGCCCACGUGAAGAAGUGCUUCGAGGGUAUGCAGAGCCUCCAGUUCGAAGAAAACCUCAACAUUUCUGGCAUGAUCUCACCCGAAAAGGAGACUGUGCCGCUCACCAACGUCGUGGACCCCGUCGCAGCAAACGGAGCUGUUGAGAAAUGGCUUGUCCAAGUCGAGGCUGCCAUGAUCGAGUCCAUCCGGGACCAGAGCUUCCAGUCCAGGGACGACUAUGCAGUCACACCCUUCGUCGACUGGGUACAGAAGUGGCCUGGGCAGGUGGUGAUUGGCAUUUUCAACUUGUACUGGACUUCGGAGGUCAAUGAGGCCUUGACUGAAAGGGGGAAUGCGGGCCUUUGUGACUACUCCGUGAAGCUGGACAACACAUUGGAUGAGAUUGUGGGCCUCGUGCGGCGCGAGAUCCCGAAACUCGUUCGGUGCACUCUCGAGGCCUUGAUUGUGAUCUUUGUGCACAACAAGGACACUAUCGUGGAGCUCAGUGAGCGUGGCACAUCGGAAGUCACCGAUUUUGACUGGCUCGUACAGCUCCGAUACUUCAUUGAGGACAACCCAGACAACCCCGGUCACGAUGACAUCUUCGUGCGGAUCACAAACAGUUUCCUGGGCUAUGCGUACGAAUAUCUUGGAAACUGUGGGAGGUUGGUGGUGACGCCGCUGACUGACCGGUGCUAUCGCACGUGCUGUGGGGCGCUGCACCUGCUCUACGGCGCGGCUCCUGAGGGCCCUGCAGGAACUGGCAAGACGGAGACAGUGAAGGACCUUGCAAAGGCACUGGCCCGCUUCUGUGUUGUGUUCAACUGCAGCGACGAGUUGGACGUCAAUGCAAUGGCAAAGUUCUUCAAAGGCCUCGCAUCUUCUGGAGGUUGGGCAUGCUUCGACGAGUUCAACCGCAUCGAUGCGGAGGUGCUAAGCGUGAUUGCGCAGCAAAUCCUGCAAAUCCAGAAUGCCAUCAAGGCCCGGCUCACCUGCUUCGAGUUUGAGGGCACUGCGAACUUGCCCAUCAAGUGGACCUGCAACUGCUUCAUCACCAUGAACCCGGGAUAUGCCGGACGCGCGGAGCUGCCCGACAAUUUGAAAGCCCUCUUUCGAACAGUGGCCAUGAUGGUGCCGGACUAUGCCAUGAUUGCAGAGAUCAAGCUGUACUCAUACGGUUAUGCAGAAGCCCGGCCGCUGUCUCAGAAAAUCGUCACCACUUACAAACUCUGCAGCGAGCAGCUCUCGUCUCAAAAGCAUUACGAUUAUGGGAUGAGAGCGGUUUUCUCAGUGCUGGUCGCUGCCGGCAAUCUGAAACGCAAGUAUCCGAGCGAGAAGGAGGACAUUUUGAUGUUGCGCUCAAUCUGUGAUGUGAACUUGGCCAAGUUCCUGGCCUUUGAUGUGCCGCUGUUCAAGGGGAUCACUUCAGAUUUGUUCCCUGGCGUGGUGCUGCCGGAGCCGGACUUUGGGGCUUUGACCUCCAAGCUCGAGUUCCACUUGCGCCAAGAGCAUUGCCAGCCGCAUCCCUACUUCAUCGAGAAGAUCAUCCAGUUCUACGAGUGUCACAUCGUGCGUCACAGCGUGAUGUUGGUUGGAAUGCCUUUCAGUGGCAAGACGACGGCGCUCAGCUGCUUGCAGAAGACCUUGUCUGACCUGGCCAAUGAAGGAGUCAUGCAUCCGGGUUGCAUCGUGCACCAGGCACGGCUGAACCCCAAGAGCAUCCCAGCUCCAUGCCUGUAUGGGACUUUCGACGAGGUUUCGAAGGAGUGGGCCGAUGGCAUUGUUGCUGUGCUUUUCAGGGAGUUCGGAAGAAACCAAACGGAAGAACGAAAGUGGUUGGUCUUCGACGGUCCGAUUGAUGCAGUCUGGAUCGAAAACAUGAACACCGUCAUGGACGAGAACAAAAAGCUUUGCCUGAAUAGCGGGGAGAUCAUUACGAUGUCACCAAACAUGCGCACCAUCAUGGAGCCGAUGGACGUCAAUGAGGCCUCACCGGCAACCAUCUCUCGCAAUGGCAUGGUGUAUUUCGAGCCGCACCUCAUGGGUAUAGACCCACUUGUGGAAAAGAACUUCUUGGGAGAAAUGCCGCAAAGCCUUGAUGAGGAUGAGGCCAAUGAGGUCAGAGCCAUGACUCACUGGCUUUUAAAGCCCUGCAUCAAGUUUCUUCGAGAGGAAUGUGCGGAGGUGUCGCCUACCCAAGACCAGAAUCUCGUGCAAAGCUUUAUGAAUAUUCUCAUGUCCCACCUGAAAGACUUCCUGGCUUUGGAUGUAUAUAAGAAGGAAGAGGGUAGCGAGGCGACAGGCAAAAAGAACAUCAUCAACAUGAUCGAUGCCGUGGUGGUCCUGAGCAUCAUCUGGUCAAUAGGCUGUGUUCUGCAAACAAACUCCAGGCCAGAGUUUGGGACCUUCCUCCGUAGUCUACUUCAGGGUAAGAUCGAGGGCGUCUCGCAGUACAAGAAGCUGACACCUGAGUUUCCAGAGCGCGGUUCUGUCUACGAUUGGAUUUUCAUGGCUGAAGAGAUCAAAUGGAUCGGUUGGAUGGACACGGUUGACCCCCAGACCAUCAAGCCCGGCUCAGCCGUCGAAUCCAUCAUCGUACAGACCUUGGACAGUGUGCGCUACACGUAUGUUCUGCAGCACUGCAUCAAGCAUCGCAUCAAGCUGCUUUUCUGUGGUCCUACUGGCACCGGCAAAACGGCGUACAUGCAGCAGUGCUUGAUGGGUCUGCCGAAGGAUGGCUUCAACCAGAUCAUGAUGGGUUUCUCAGCUCAGACGAAAUGCGCUCAAACGCAGGAUCUCAUCGAUGCCAAGCUUGACCGCCGCCGGAAGGGUGUGUACGGACCACCCUUCGGUAAGCUUUGUGUACUGAUGGUCGACGAUUUGAACAUGCCAAACAAGGAGACUUAUGGGGCACAGCCGCCCAUCGAAAUUUUACGGCAGAUGAUUGAUGCGAAAGCCUAUCCUGAGACUGGCGGCUGGUUUGAGCGCAAAGAUGUGACGCACCCUUUCCGUAACAUCAUCGAUGUCCUCCUUUUUGCCGCAAUGGGCCCUCCUGGCGGUGGGCGCACCUUUAUCACGCCCCGCAUGACGGGCCACUUGUACUUGGUUGGCUUCCCGCUGCUUGAUGACGACAACAUGAAGAUGAUUUUCUCAACGAUUCUGGAUUGGAAGAUGCAAGCAGAUGGCUACCCUGCCGAAGUAACUUCACUUUCCAAAAAGAUUGUUUCAGGCACGUUGGAGGUCUACAAGGCAGCAGUGCAGUACCUGCUGCCCACACCACUGAAGGUGCACUACACUUUCAACUUGCGUGAUUUCGCGAAAAUCAUUUUCGGUGUGUUGCUCAUGAAGAAGGGCGAGUGUGAUGGAGUGGCCAGGCAUGUCCGAUUAUGGGUUCAUGAGAUCUGGCGUGUGAUUGGCGACAGAUUGGUGGUCAACGAGGAUAGAAUGUGGAUGUUGGAGCAGGUUCGAGGAGUUACAAAGAACACUUUUGGUCAAGGCUUCGAUGAGGUGAUGAAGCAUCUUGAUCUUGACGGAGAUGGUAAGGUUACCACGCUGGAUGAGAUCCGCACACUCAUCUUUGGAGACAUGCUCUCGCAACCAGCUGCGCCGAAUCGGCCAUACACGGAAUGUGCUGACAUCCCGACACUCCAAACGACAGUGGAGUCACACCUUGAGCAAUACAAUCUGAUGUCGACCAAGAAAAUGGAUCUGGUUUGCUUCCUCUAUAUGCUGGAGCACCUCUCACGGGUCGCCCGGGUCAUCAAGACACCUGGUGGUAAUGCUCUGCUGGUCGGUGUCGGCGGAUCAGGUCGCCAGAGCUGCUCCCGUUUGGCAUGUUUCCUGGCUGAUUUCGAUGUCUUCCAGAUUGAAAUUGCGCGUGGCUAUGAUCAGCUGGCUUUCCGCGAAGACUUGAAGAAGCUGCUCACGGCUGCGGGCGGCAAAGGUGAAAAGACAGUUUUCCUGUUCUCUGACUCCCAGAUCAAGAGUGAAGGCUUCGUGGAGGAUUUGAACAAUCUUCUGAACACAGGAGAAGUCCCGAACUUGUUCCCUCCUGAUGAGAGGGUGCAAGUCUGUGAAAUGGUGCGAGCAGCAGCUCGACAGGAGGGAAAAGCGCCGGAGGGAACCCCCACACAGCUUUAUGCAUAUUUCGUUGAGCGGUGUCAGAAAUUGCUUGCCAUCGUCCUUUGUUUCUCUCCGAUCGGAGAUGCCUGGCGGGCACGCAUUCGGCAGUUUCCGUCGUUGGUGAACUGCUGCACCAUCGACUGGUACACCGAGUGGCCUGCGGAUGCCCUGGUGGCCGUGGCAGAGCGUUUCUUGGGCCAGGUGGAGAUGGAGGAUUCUGUCAGACACAGCUGUGUAGAAAUGUGUUCCUUGUUCCACUCCGACACUACGGAAUUGGCGGUGGAAUUCAAGAACUCAUUGAAGCGAAUUUAUUAUGCAACGCCCACUUCGUUCCUGGAGCUGAUUCAAACCUUCAAGACACUGUUGGCUGCAAAGCGCAAGCAAGUCACAGAUUUGAAAGACAAGUACGAGAAGGGCCUUGACAAAAUCCUCACGACCGAGCAGUCUGUUGAGGGGAUGAAGGUGGAGCUCAUCAACUUGCAGCCGAAGCUCAUUGCAAAAAAUGAAGAAGUGGAGAAGAUGAUGGUCGUCGUUGAGGCCGAGUCGGCAAAGACGGCGAAGGUCAAGGAAGCAGUGGCAGCAGACGAGGCGGUGGCUUCAGAAGCAGCCGCCAAGUCCGAAGCUCAGAAGGAGGAAGUGGAGGCAGACCUUCAGGAAGCCAUGCCAGCUCUGAUGGAGGCGCUUGGUGCGCUGGACACCCUCUCCGCCAAGGAUAUAGGGGAGAUCAAGGCCAUGAAGAACCCCCCAGGUCCGGUCAAGCUUGUCCUGCAGGCCGUGUGCAUCAUGAAGGGACUCAAGCCCAAUCGAGUCAAGGAUGAGUCAGGCAAAAUGGCCGAGGACUUCUGGGGUCCAUCUGUGAAGAUGGUCGGCGAGUCGGACUUCUUGAAGUCUUUGCAGACUUUCGAUAAGGACAACAUCCCACCUGCUACAAUCAAGAAGAUCCAAACGUUUGUGCCGCUAGAUGACUUUCAACCGGCGAGGGUGAAAAGCUGCAGCACAGCUGCGUGGGGGAUUUGCAUGUGGGUCAGGGCCAUGGAGACAUAUGACAGAGUCGCAAAGGUGGUUGGCCCAAAGAAGGAGGCUCUCGCCAUCGCGGAGGCUGAAUAUGCGGAGGUCAUGGAGAAGUUGAACGAGAAAAGAGCUCAGCUUCAGAAAGUCUUGGACGAAUUAGCUGAGCUUGAAGCGCAACUGAACGGUCUCAAUGCUGAGAAGGACGAUCUUGCUUACCAAGUCGACCUUUGCAAGAAAAAGUUGGACCGAGCGGAGACGCUGAUCGAGUCCCUCGGCGGUGAGAAGACUCGUUGGACCCAAAAUGCUGCAGACUUAGCUGUGGACUACGUCAACCUCACGGGCGAUGUAAUUGUCUGUAGUGGACUGAUCGCCUAUCUCGGUGCCUUCACCCCAGACUUUAGAGAGAAAACCGUGAAGUCAUGGACGGAUCAAUCCCUUGAAAAGCAGAUUCCUGGAAAGGAAAAGGUAAGCCUGGAGGAUUGUUUGGGUGAGCCAGUCAAGAUCCGCAACUGGACCAUCUGCGGCCUACCCAAUGAUGCCUUUUCGAUUGAGAACGGCAUCAUUAUCGACAAGUCCCGCAGGUGGCCGCUGUGCAUCGAUCCCCAGGGUCAGGCGAACAAGUGGAUCAAGAAGAUGGAGGAGCCGAACAAGCUUGCAGUGAAGAAGUUCACAGACAGCGACUACAUCCGACGUCUUGAGGGUUGCAUCACCUAUGGGAACCCUAUGUUGAUUGAAAACAUCCUCGAGGAGACGGAUCCUGCUAUUGAGCCAGUCCUGCUGAAGCAGACCUACAAGCAAGGGAACCGAAUGAUGUUGAAGCUCGGGGAGAGCGUUCUGGAGUAUAACAAAGACUUCAAGUUCUACUUGACGACGAAGCUCCGAAAUCCGCAUUACUUGCCUGAGAUUGCAGUCAAAGUCACUCUGUUGAACUUCAUGAUUACGGUGGUUGGUCUUCAGGACCAGUUGUUGAACAUAGUGGUGCAAGCGGAGCGUCCCGAGCUGGCGGAGGACAAGGCACGCCUGGUGGUGGAGGGUGCUGAGAACAAGGCACAGCUGGAGGAGACUGAGAACAAGAUUCUCCACGUGCUGCAGACAUCACAGGGCAACAUUUUGGAAGACGAGACGGCCAUCAACGUGCUCAGCUCCAGCAAGGCUCUGUCCAACAAAAUCGCGGCAAAACAAGAGAUAGCGGAAGAGACUGAGAAGCAAAUCGAUGAGGCACGCUUGGGCUACGUGCCUGUUGCUUUCAAGACUGCAAUUCUCUUCUUCUGCAUCUCCGACCUGGCGAACAUCGACCCGAUGUACCAAUACAGCUUGCCCUUCUUUGUGAGCCUCUUCUUGUCAGCGAUUGAGAAGGCAGAAAAGAGUGACGAUCUGGAGGUUCGCAUUGAGAACUUGAACGACACGUUCCGCUACACGCUGUACUGUAACAUUUGCCGAAGCUUGUUCGAGAAGCACAAGACCCUUUUCUCAUUCCUUCUGUGCAUGCGCCUUCUCCUGGCAUCCGACGAGGCCGACUACGACGACUACCGGUUCUUGCUCACCGGGGGGGUGUCGCUGGAAGACCCGCCAGCCAUACCCGAAAAGUGGGUGCCUGACCGCUGUUGGGGAGAGCUCUUCCGCUUGAACAAGAGCAAGGAGUUCUAUCAAGGCUUCCAUGAAAAGUUUGCAGCGGAGCUUCCCGUGUGGAAGAAGGUGUACGAUGAUGUCAACCCGAUGAAACUUCUCAAAGACGCUGGAACACGGCCAAACUCCAUGGAUGGCUUCAACGACUUUCAAGACUUGAUGGUCCUGCGGUGCAUACGUCCCGACCGAGUGGUUCCAGCUGUGUUGGAGUUCGUUGCGGGCAAGUUGGGCGAGAAGUUUGUGAAUCCUCCACCUUUUGAUUUGGCCGGGUCGUAUGCGGACUCCAAUGCCAUGUCGCCUCUGAUCUUCAUCUUGUCACCGGGCGCAGAUCCAGGAAGCAACCUGUAUCGUUUCGCCGGAGAGAAAGGCCGCGAGGUUGCUUCCAUCUCGCUGGGACAGGGACAAGGACCGAAGGCGGAACGACUCAUGGACAUCGCCACGAAGGACGGUGGAUGGGUUCUCCUCCAGAACUGUCACUUGGCAACGUCCUGGAUGCCCAGAUUGGAGAGGUUGUUGGAUGAAAAGGACCCGAAAAAGGUUCACAAGGAUUUCCGCCUGUGGCUCACUUCUUAUCCGUCCAACAAGUUCCCCGUCGCAAUUCUGCAGAAUGGCGUGAAGAUGACGAAUGAAGCUCCCAAAGGCUUGCGGGCCAACAUGACGGGCUCCUACAACAUGGACCCCAUCAGCAAUGAGGAGUUUUUCGAAGCCUGCACCUGUGGCCGGGAGUUCAAGCGCCUGGCCUUCAACCUUUGCUUCUUCCACGCCGUGAUCCAAGAGCGCCGACUCUUCGGGCCGCUGGGCUGGAACAUCGCCUACGAGUUUACCGAGAACGACUUGCGCAUCUCUGUUCGACAGUUGCAGAUGUUCUUGGAUGAGUACCCAAAUGAGGCGCCCAUCAAGGCUCUGAACUACUUGACGGGCGAGUGCAAUUACGGCGGGCGCGUUACGGAGGCCAUGGACCGACGGCUUCUAGCCACGCUCCUAAAAAGCUACUACUGCCAUGAGGCUUUGGAGGAUAGCUUCAUCCUCUAUCAAGAAUCAGAUGGUCCAACAUACAAGCUACCACCCGACGGUGGGUACGAAGUGCAUUUAGAGCACAUCCGCAGCCUUCCGUUGGUGACUCCGCCGGGUGUUUUUGGCUUCCACGAGAAUGCUAACCUCACGAAGGAGAUGGGAGAGACCUAUAACAUGAUGCGGGAAUUGCUGCUCACCGCGGGGUCUGGAAGCAGUGGGGGUGGUUCCUCCCCCGACGUAGUUGUGGGAGAUAUUGCCAAGGAUGUCUUGUCACGGCUGCCGGAGCCUUGGGAUGUCCCGAAGGUGCAGGAGAAAUACCCGACCCUCUACGAGGAAAGCAUGAACACGGUGCUGGCUCAGGAGCUGAAGCGCUUCAAUGGAUUGCUGAAAGUCAUCCAGAACUCUCUUAAGGACAUUCAGAAAGCAGUGAAAGGUCUUCUGCUUAUGAGUGCGGAGCUCGAGACGGCCUUCUUCGAGAUUUUCGAUGGCAAGACCCCAGCCAUGUGGCUGAAGCAUUCUUAUCCAUCCCUGAAGCCCCUCGGCGGCUAUGUCAACGACCUCGUGGAGCGACUAAAAUUCUUCCAGAAGUGGGUCGACAACGGAGCCCCUGUCAUGUUCUGGUUCAGUGGCAUCUACUUUACCCAGGCCUUCACGACAGGAGCCUCGCAAAACUUUGCCCGAAAGUACCAGAUCCCUAUAGACACUCUGACUUUCGACUUCUUCUAUCCCAAGGAGCAGGAAUUUUCUGUGAAGCCUGAUGAUGGAGUUUACACCUACGGGCUUUUCUUUGAAGCUUGCCGUUGGGAUUGGAGUGGGUGGAAGCUGGCCGAGUCCGAGCCGAAAGUGCUGUAUGCCAGUGUUCCACUGAUCCACCUCAUGCCAUGUCCUCUCCAGUUGCAGGGUGAAGCAUUCGGGGCGACAAGGAAGGGAGUGUUGUCUACAACCGGACAUUCGACAAACUUUGUUAUGCCCAUCAAGAUCCUCAGCGACAUUGACCAAUCUCAUUGGAUCAAGCGCGGGGUUGCCAUGCUAACAUCGUUGGACACGUGUGAGGUGGGGGAGUGUGGCGUGGUGCAAGGGAGAACGGAUCCCUGCGACGGAGAAGUUAUCGUACAAGUGCAAAGCACAUUGGACAUCAACCGUUUCAUUAGGUGUGCGUUCCAUUUGAAGAGUCUGUCUCUGGACUUGCUGGCUUUCUUUGGUUGGGUGGCAGAGAUGGUGCAUCUCGGCCAGUCAAGUUCAGCGGUACCGAGCAUAGUGCUAUGGCUGAUGCUGCUGCAGCUUAUUAAGCUCUGGCGCUUCGUUGUGCCGACGACGUUUGUGUUGGACAGCCGGGCGGACUCUUUCGCCCGUGGGCUUGCAAGCUCAUUCUUUCUGCUGGUCUUAAUGUCGCAUUUAGCUGGGUGCGUGCUCCUGACUCUUGCCGCGCAAGAGCGGGCUGCAAACACCCAGAGCUGGAUCGACAACAUGGUCGCUGCGGGCGAAAGCUGUAUAGAACUGUACGAGGAGGCAUUUUACUUCAGUUCACUGAGUGUUACUUCAGUGGGGUAUGGUGAUGUUCUGGUGACUCCAGCAGAGAGAGGUCUCAACUCCUUUCUGCUGAUCCUCGGCCAGCUAUUCGUGGCGAAGGUAUGUGCGGACGUCACUUGGCUGACGUCCCUGCACAACAUAGAGGAGACAAAGAAUCAGUCGCAAAAAGCGCAAACAUCGGUGGCACUUCGCCAUCUCCAGGUGCCCGGCUCGUUGGAGGAACGCGUGCUGGCGUAUCAAGACUUUGUGCAGCAUGUUCACCGAGAAGAAGAUCUCGACCAGCCUGCAUUUCACGGAUUGUCCACACCACUGAUUCAGGAGCUGCGGCUAGCCGCGUACAGGAAGCUGAUCUUGAAGGCUCCCUUUCUCAGGGAGCAGAAAAAGCAUGUUAUUUCUUUGAUGGUUAAUUCCUUGUCUGACCUGGUCUACUUGCCUGCGGAUUUCAUCGUGUGCAGCGGUGAUACCGGCCGCGAGCUCUUUUUUAUGCGGCGCGGAAUGGCAGGCGUCUAUCCCAGUGGUCCGGAGUGCCCACCAGUAUGGGGAGAGUCCUCAGAAGUGGCGGAGUACACGGCUGGCAAGUACUUCGGUGAGCUCGGGAUGCUCACAGCACGCCCGAGAGCAGCAUGGAUUAUGGCCAAGACAUAUUGCGUCCUUUCAGUGCUCCCUUACCACACCGUGGAGAUCAUGCGGGACGAGUAUCCCGAGGCCUUCACAACCUUGGUUCAAUCAAUGGUGCGAGUCUUCAAACUGGAGCCGUCAACAUCAUGGCAACACGUUGCGGAACGACUGCUCAAGAAAGUGAAAGUCUGCAGCACAGAGGAAGCCUUCGAGUGGUUCUGUGAGCAGGGCAACGGCCCUGAUGUGAUGCCUGGAGAGGAGCCAAUCUUAAAGGCCAAGUCCUUCGAAUGGGUGUUAAAGUAUCUUGGUGUCAACGAGGCCGACAGGAUGAUCCUGUGGGCAGAAAUGGACGCUGACAACACCGGGCAGGUCUCCCGCCAAGAAUUCGAGGAGAAGCUGGACAUUGACUGGGCUUUGGAAAGGCAAAGCAAGGUGCACACCGAGCAAAACUCGAUGCUUCGGAAGUCCAACAGCAUGGCUGCCUCCAGUGGUGCGGUUUCCAGCACUCAGCGAUACCGGGGUUCAAAGGAUCGUAUGGCGCUUGGCGACGCGAGCAACAAAGAGGAGCUCCAUGACUUGCUGCGGGACACAGUCCGUCAGAUUGCAGAUGAGUACUUCUCCUCGAUGCCAUCGGUGCGCAGAGGCUCAUCCCAUCAUGGAGAUCCUCGCAUGCGGCCGCCAAGCACCGGUGCCCACCAUACGCACUCGCAGUAG